GAAUAUUUUAGGUUAAAAAAUCAAAUUUGAAAAUUUGCGCUAGCGCCCUCUGGACUAUUUAGCCAGAGCCUAACCUCAAAAAUGUUGCAAAAAAUAAUUGUAAUUUAUUAAUGUAUUGUUGGUCGGAAAGUGUAAUCAUAAAUGUUGUCACACGCCACUGUAAUUCGUAAUGCCCCCCAACAAGACUUACUAAACGAGUUGCACACGUUCAUCAAGGGGGCCCUUAAAAAGGAAAGAUGCAACUUACUAGAUCUCACAAAAACAGCUUUAAGGCUCUUUAAAAACAUACCAGCGGCUCGCACAGCUUUAUUUGAGUAUUUCAGUAACGUCUUCAGUGAAGCUGCUUCUAAUUAUAUUCAAGCUGUAGAGAAUGAAAUCAAGACGGGUGAAGUUGCAACACAAUCAGAAACCGACGAAGCAGUUGUUUCUGAAAUUCACACAGUUUUGAGCAACUUCAUAAGUGAUAACCCUACAGCAUGGGCCCCUAUCGUGAGCACCUGGUCUUUGGACCUGCUAGGAGAAGUGUCUACAAAAUUCGCAGGGCGAGCGCACAUCUCUACGAAUUUAAAUGAAACUCUUCAACUGUGGAUGAACUGCAGAGCCACCAAAAUCCUGGUUGAUAUAAACACGAAAUGUCUCUCAAGUCUCAUGCACUCAGACACCGAAUCUUGUAUCAAUGCGCUUUUGGACACCUCAGUGAAACAUUCGCCUAAUUUUGAUUGGGUUGUGGCUCAUGUCGGGAGCUGUUUUCCCUAUACUGUCAUCACGCGAGUCUUAUCUUGUGGUCUGAAAGACUUUUGUCAGAUUAAAUCUUAUGAACAGGGGAGUAAUUCGCCAAAAUUGCGCUCGGUUGUGGGGAUUUUGGGGCACUUGGCUGGAAGUCACAGCAAGGACAUUAGAUCAGCUAUUUUGGAGAUGUUUCAAUGGAGCAUUAAACAGGAGAGUCAAGAUAGUGACGCAAAUAAAUUACAGAAGAAAGCUACAGUGCCUUUCAUAUUGCAGUUGUCUUUUUUGUCUUCAACGUUGUUUUCGUCCAUUUGUAACGACAUGAAGCACAUACUUUCAGUUGACACAAUUUACAAACUGUGCUCUUUUAUUGAAGACUGGUGCCGGUAUUUUGGUUCAAAUGAAAUUUUGGAAGACCUUUUACUAACUCUAAUACUAAGCUGUGAUAAUGGCGGUAUUCAGAUUAUCAAUUUAUUACUAGAUUGCAUAUCAAUUGAUUCCAAUCCAAGCGACGCAACAACGCAAGCAAUUAAAGAAAAAUCACUUGAAAUAUUGCAAAAUGUGAUCUACAGAAUUGACGAAAAUGUCCGUAAUGACAAACAAAUCGAAUUGCUGAKUUCCUGUUCACACGACUUGGACGAAYUCCACAAYAARCUUCUAAAUGCGAAAGAAAUUAGAUCGCAAGUUGCUGCCCAAAUAGUGAUUUUUUUGGGUCACAACAACCCUUCAUUGUUAGUUCGUUCAGUGAACUUUAUGUUUCAAAAUUCCAAGACUUCCGAACACUUGAGUUUAUUGGUCAAAAUUUUAACACACGAGCUUGUGAACAAGACUAGUUGGCCGUAUACCGAAAAAAAGGGCUAUUUUUCUGUCGUACUUGAGCAGAUUUUGAGCAGGAAUGUGCGAAAAAAUCAGGACAUGGGUCGGACUUGGGACAAUUUAUUGACGUUGUUAAAGUGGGAAAAAAGUGGCCGAGUUUCGAUAUUAAACUCCCACAUUAUAUCAAAAGCAAUUUUAACUAAUUUAGUCAAGUUGACCUCGAUAUUUGGGAACGAAACUGACCACGUGCACAUCAUUUCGGAAAUUUUGAGCAACUUAGACAUUCCGGUUGGUAACAACUUGGAUAACUUGCCAGUUGAGGUUGUCUUAAAUUUGACUCAAUCAACGGUGAAUUAUUUUUUUAUUUGUUGUAACGAAGAAGGCACGUCUAAAAAAACGAAAGGUUUUAAACGCAUUAACUGCCUUUUACGCCGAUUUUGUACCCAUUCCAAGGUUGCAAGGGUUUUGGCUUUACGCGAAUUGCUGGAACGAGCCCUAUUUCGCAAAGACAAUAUUUUAUUUGGUGCUAAAAACAUCACACAUUAUGAUGAAAGCUCGGAGAAAUUGUUACUGAAACAAAACAAAAAAAUUAACAAAACAAUUCCGUUGACGAAACACUCCUCGGUGUUCAACGGUGGGAUUAUAGGGAGAGGCAAGAGAAAACUCCUCCCACCCAACGACUUGCCUCCAAAUGUCGUCGCCUCCAACACUUCGGAAUUAAUCAAUGCUAUAAAAUCUUGCUGUUCUCUUCCGGAAGACGUCGAUUCAAAAUUCUCAGACAUAUCCCUCGAGAGUGUGACUUUGGUUUCGCUUUUGUUGGUCCAGUUUGUCAGUCCUGACGUGAUGUAUAACGGCCUGCCAUGGCCCGAUGAGGAAUUUUCGAAAGUUACCAUCGAGCGAGACCUCUUUAUUAGACGCCUGUUCAGRAACGCACCGGUUUUAUGGGACUUGCUUAGCUUUGUAGCUGUGUAUAGACCGGCCCUUUGCUACUGUUCCGUCUUAAUUCGGGCCUUAACGGCCACUCUAAUCCACCAAUGGAAGAGUACAGGCGAACAGAGUAAAUCACACGUGACUGAYAAUUACAAAGCGUUAAUGAAUACGACAAUCAAAGUGAUCGAUGUGAUGGCUUUGGGACAGUUGUUACCGCCCCCUUUGUCCAGUAUUAGAGAUGUUUUGCCGAGUUUGAAGUGUUUUGAGAUUGUUGCAAUUUUGAAAGAUUGUAUUUGGUGUUAUAUGAGGGAUCACAUACCGUCACCGGCUUUGUUCGUCUGUGACCAAAACGGUAUACAUUGGAGAGACCCCACGUUGUCAAGGCCGACAGAGGUUUAUACCAACACUUUGAGGAUUAUUAUGCAGAGGAACAUCGAGGCCUUGGGGCACAUGUAUGCACAAAUGUUUAUUAAUAUACCCAAACAUGAAGGCGAAUAAAUGAAACGGUGGA